UUGGCCCACAAAGCCAGUCCUUGCUGGCCCUGCUGCCAUAGCAACCAGGAAAUACUCACCGCCGUCAAAGUAGUAGUAGUGUCCGUGAGAGAGGGGGGCAGAGAACAGAGCAGAGCGUGGGGAGCUGGAGUCUAGACGGACCCCAAGAGCAGAAGGGAUCGAUUUCCACAUUCGGCUGUGCUGAACCUAACCCUCCUGUAGCUCAGAGAUGGCAUCCAGCACUGCAGUUCCAUCUCACCUGCCUCCAGUCAAGAACGUAGUGGUGUUCAGGAAUGGAGACCCCUUCUACAGCGGACGUAGGUUUGUGGUCAACCAACGUCAGGUGGCCACAAUGGAGGCCUUCCUGAACGAGGUGACCCAGAGCAUCGGGGCUCCGCUUGCUGUCAGGAAUCUUUACACCCCAAAGCAGGGCCACAGGGUCACAGACCUGCAGGACCUCAAACCAGGAGCCCAGUAUGUCGCAGCCGGCUUUGAGAGGUUCAAGAAACUGGAUUAUUUGCAUGCAGGGUUAAAAAAGCAAGCUGGAAGUCGUCAUGAUCCACAGGCGAAAGUCAUCCAGAGGCCAAACGUUUCAGCCAAAUGGAGGAAGUUUAUUCCUGUUCCCUGCAUUAUACAUGUGUUCCGUAAUGGAGAUCUUCUGUGCCCACCUUUCCGGUUCAUCAUUCCCCGGAGCAUGCAGCAGGACUUGGAUCAGAUCCUGAGUCUGGUUACAGAGAAGGUCAGCUUACGGACUGGAGCCGUGCGCAGACUGUGCUCACUAGAGGGGGCUUCCAUCUCCUCAGCCGAGGAGCUGCAGACAGGCCGCUCCUAUGUUGCUGUGGGAACUGAAAGGUUCAAGAAACUUCCAUAUGUGGAGCUGCUGGUUUCCAAAACUAAACAAAGAAAUUAUCCUGAAAAGAGGAGGCUGCUGAGGAGAACUGAGAACAGGAAAGCAGGAAGUGGGCCUGAGGACCGCCACAGUGACUCCGCCCUACUUAACUCCCCAGAGUCAGAUGGUCGGAGGGUGAAGUCGACCGGAGAUGAAGCUUCAGCUCCUCAGUCCUCGCAGCAGCUGAGCAGGAGAAAAGGAGCAGAUGAAGCUUCUGCAUUCUUCGCCAGACCCGUCAAAGUUCGCAAGAACAGAAAUCAAACCCGACCGCCGCGCACCAAUGGAUCUGUUAAGCCAGGUGUGUUUGAAGGAGAAGAAAGGACAAACAGGGAGGAGGUCCGGGAUGCAGAGGAAGUGCAGGAGGAUGAGAAUACGGCAACAGAGCUUCCUGUUGAUCAGAGAAUUGCAGAAAUAGUUGAAGAUGAAGACUUAAAGACCUCAGAGGACCCUGUGCACAGCAUUCAGCAGAGACGUGCAGAAAAGAGUGAACUGCAUAACAGCAGCAACCAUCAAAAGGAACCCAGUGGAAAGCAGGUAGAGCAUGUGACUGGGUGUUUAUAUUAGCAACUGCCUCCUAUUUAACUGGGUCAGUGUGUUUUUUUAUUUAUUUUUAUUUAUUUCUGUAUGAAAGGGGAAAGCAUGUGAACAGGAAGAGGAGUCAGCAGCUCAGACUCUGGUAUAAACACACCCACACAUUUAACCAGCUGCUGGAUAAUUACAGGCACAGAAAACUGAUCAUAGCGGUCUGUGUUUUCGAAAGGAGGCUGAGCUGAAGCCUGUGUCUUCAAAGUCAAGUUCAUCAUCAUCUCACUCAGAGGGAAAGGUCAAGGAAGAGCAGGCAGGUUUACAAACAUCUUCAAAAUGUUGCAAAUACUUUGCCCUUAUGAUUUUAUAUUUUUCCUGACAGAAGAGCCUGCAGGAUGCAUCACCAGCUCGAUCCGGACAGAACCGGCAGGUCACAGUAUGACGCGUCACCGAAGAUCUCUUCCACAGUCCAGCUAGAUGGUUGGAAGUUUAUCUUUUUAUCCAUAGGACAGACAUGUCAAAAAU